AUGGUAAUUUUGUAUAAUUUCAGAGCGAAUGGUCUUGACAUUGGUGGUAAAAAGACGCCAAGCUCGGAGAAUUCCGAUGACUCGGAGAUGGACGAUGAUGAGAUUCUGGAGAGUUCAAUGACUGAAUCGCCAACACCCGAAGAGGAGAGACCACGAGAUUUGACGGCCAAAAGGGAGCUGGUGCAACAUGUCGCUCCGGCCGGUUACAGUGCUUACGAGGGUGCCAUUCACUUCGAUCCGCUCCGAUUGCUAAUGAAUGCUCAGUUGAAUCCAGCACUGAAUCCAACUUUGAAUCCGUUGCUAAAUCAAGCCGCAUUUAUGAAUUUCCAACAGCAAAUCGCAAGGCAUCAACAGCAACAGCAACAACAACAACAGUCCAUUGCAAUCCAGCAAACUAUACAGCCACAACCACCGCAGCAAAAACCAUCUGCACCAGUUCAGACGGCGAAUUCAACCCCAAAACGGUCCAAAUUAAUGAUCGAUGAGAUAUUGAACCUCAAAUCGUCCACAUCUCCAUCAACAUCGUCCUCAUCCGACGCUAAUCCCGAACCAAACCAAUCCACAACUGUCAUCUCACCGAUU